GCUCCAACGAACCCAGAAUCUGCUGCAUGAGAGCACCAGGGAUUUCUUGCAGGUGAAGUUUGACACUCGGGCUCAUGAGAAGAGCUGGAUGGUGGAGAAGGACCGGCUGCUGAGGGAGCUGGACUCCUGCCACAACCGUCUGAGGAAGACUGGUUCUGCUGGUGCAGAGCCGGGCCGAACGUGGCAACCCAGCAGCAGCACAGCCCUGCUCCUCUCCCGGCCUCAGCCAGAGUUACAGCAGGCGCACAAGGAGGAGCUAAAGGCACUGCAGGAGGAUCUGAAGCAAGCCCACCGUCUGGCUGAGAUGUACAGGGAGCAGUGCAUUACACUGGAGACAGAACUGUCCCAAAUCAGAGAGGAAGGGGAUGUAGGCAGAGAAAUAUUUAAGGAGCGUUCGGACAAAAUGGCCAAACGUCUUCAACUGAUGACUCAGCGUUACGAGGCGCUGGAGAAGAGGAGGGUGAUGGAGGUGGAGGGCUUUAAGACGGACCUGAAACACCUCAGACAGAAAUUCAAAGAUGUCGAAAAACAACUUCUCAAGGUUACUCUGAAUAUUGGGCCCAACCAGGACUUAGCCAUUCUGCAUGAGGUGCGUCAGACCAACAGCAAGACGAAGAAGGUUCAGGGUGAGCUGAUGGCGCUGAAGGCGAAGAUCUAUGGACUGGAAAACGAGCUGAGAUUUAGCUGA